CCCAGAUCCCAGCGGGCACACCUUGGCAGGGUGUGGCCGUAUAAGUCUCCGCCAGCUCCAGCCAGGAUCUGCCUCCCUCAGGAUGGGACAGGCCUGGGCCUGUUGUAUGGCCACAGGCAGAAGAGGCCGAUGGCUGACAUGACAUCACCACUUAGUGACUGCCCUCAUCCUGGGAGCCCAGAGGCUGGGGCGGGGCUCUUUCUGGAGAGACCCAGAGAAGUUUGUAUCAAGUUUAGCGGGGGCACCUGCUGCCUCAGACGCUGGGCAGUGGGCGGUGACGUCCCUGUCCUCACUGGGGUCUGCAGCCAAGGACUGGCCACCGAGGCCCAGGCCAGGCACAGGGAUGCUGGGUGGCCACGGCCAGUCCUCCCGGGAGCCCCUAGCACCUUGGGCCUGCCCCCAGCUCUCAUGGCAGGAGAGGUUUCUUCCCACGCCACUGUCCGACGCCCUGGUGAAGGGAUUCGCGGAACGGGAGCACGUGGAUUUCCAGUUCUUCCCAGCGGGCGCACGCAGGCCAGCACCCUCUCCCUUUCCAGUUCUUCCCAGCGGGCGCACGCAGGCCAGCACCCUCUCCCUUUCCAGUUCUUCCCAGCGGGCGCACGCAGGCCAGCACCCUCUCCCUUUCCAGUUCUUCCCAGUGGGCGCACGCAGGCCAGCACCCUCUCCCUUGCCUUUAGGCAAAACUCGAGUGCUGCUAGACCCUUGGCCCUGCUCACUGUGCUGGGCCGCGCUGCACCCAUUUCCUCCCAGCGAGGGUCGUUCCUGGGCUCCUCUGACCUGAACUGCUUCCGAGUUUCCUUCUCAGAACCAAGAGGGGCUGGCUCUGCGCCCUGCCUACCUGUCCAGGGGUGGGGGCUGCCCUUUGAAGCUAUCAAUCUGGGUUUUAAGUGUGGAUUCAUUAUUGACAACACCAUGACAUCAUGCUGACAUGAAUUAUUUGUAUGUUUUUCAAAUUGUGCUGUGAUAACCCUGGCUGUCUUCCUGCUCCCAUAGUGGAUAAAAGUGUCUGAAAGAAUGCUGCCAUCUCCCUUCUCCCCACAGCCUGGAGCUGGGCCAGCCGUAGCUCAGCCACCACCUGUGCUCAGUGCAGCCUGCUUUGAACCCCACCCUCCUCCACCUAGCUGGGGUGCGUGCCUGGUACAUGUAUGUGUGCACGUAUGUGCGUGUGGGUGUGUGGCAUUUGUGUGCCCGAGUGUUUUCUGCUGUUGUGUCUCACGUCCUGGCCCUGCCACCCUCCACAUCCACGGCUCCUUCCCGUGCUCCCUCAGAUGUUCCCCCAAAGAAUGGAGGGACUCCGGCCCCUUGAGGAACAGGGAAGCCCCUGCCUGGGUAGCCACUGGCAGGUGAGUCCCGUGUUCCUGCCGAGAAAAAGUCUGCUUUCAAGACGGGCAAGCACUCCCUUUGUGGUCGCCGCACUUGGGGUCACCAGUUGCUGGGUUGAUUGGCAGGAAGAGGUGCAGCUCCCCGGCCCCUCGUGGGGCUGUGCAGCCAUCUGCCCCUCUCCGGGCCCAGCUCUUCCUGUGAGAUAAGGGGGCGGGAACCCAGGGAGGCUGGGCCUACAGCCUGCAGUAGGGUGAGGCACUGGACUAGCUGUUCCCAGGUCACCCCCAGGGAAAGCCCUAGGCCUGCAUUCUGUCCCCAGGUGGGAAGUUCAGGGAGAAGGAACCACGGCUGGGGCUGGACUCGGGGUGGGGGGCGGGGCUCACGAUGUCACCUCUGGCGCGGCUGCUGCAGUGGGCCAGGAGCUCCAGAUUCCCUGGGUCACCAUCUUACCAGGGCCUAGGUUAGGGCCUGGGUCGGGGCCAUGGGAUCGCAGAAGCAGCACUGGAGGCUGGUGCCCUGUUCCUUCCACCGAGACUGGGCAGACCUCUCCUCAAGGGAAGGUGCCAGGGGCUGGCUGCAGGCCCUGCCUGAGGCAGAUCUGAUGACCUUGGGCCAGGGCAGCAAGGCCAUCUAUGGCCCAGACCCUUUCCUGGGGCUUAUUCUCAAGGAUGUAUCCUGGUGGGGGGUGUCUCCAGGGGUCGGUCUGUAGAAGGAUGCUAGACCCUCUCUGGGAGCUCUGAGCCUAACACGAGCAAACGAAAGAACAGGUUGCUGCCCCACAGGUUCCUGGGGCCGGGUGCAGAGCAGGCCUUCACACUUGCUGAAUGACUGUGCCAAGGGCCAGCUGAGGCCCCCGGAAGUAUGUCUUCCAAUGUCCCUCGAGAGCUGUGCUUGCCUCUCACCAACUUACAACUAACCCCACCCCCAGGCCAGGCACGGUGGCUCACACCUGUAAUCCCAGCACUUUGGGAGGCCGAGGCGGGCGGAUCACCUGAGGUCAAGAGUUCGAGACCAGCCUGGCCAACAUGGGGA